CAGUAUGUCAAGAUCACUCGAUCCGCCGUUGAUAUCGACCUUUCUCUAUCUCCCCGUUCUUCUCGUUUUCUCGCUUCGCUGAGAGAGGUGUGCUCCAAGUGUCGCUCGCAAAGUAGCGGCUGAUUCGUGUGUAGGAAGAGCUGGAGCGAGAAUCAAAGAGACAAGAGGGCUAGUUCAAGAGUAGUUCGAGAGUUGCACGGUAGACAGGCAGGCAGGCUGUCUUGUGCCUGCUUUCAUCUUUCUCGGUAAAGCGACGUCCUUUGAAACAUGCCGCGGAGUAGCUCGCGAACGGGGUGACGAGAGAGAUGGUUGUCUGAGAUUCAAAGUCAGGGAGAGCCGAGCUAGCUUUCCCUUUUGGGAAUAAGAAGAUUCGCGUGUUAGAUGGUUGUUACAGUGAAUACGUUAUUCUUCGCGGUAUAUUCUGAGAGUGGUACUGCUUGGAGCGCAUUGGUUUGCAUGCUUGCGUUUGAAUGAUAUAUAGAAGGAUGCAACCACGGGUGACAGUGGUUCUGGCCACGGUCUGGCUGACGGUGGCGGUUCUGGUAGGAGGAGCAGCAGUCACCCUCCGCCUCUCUCACGAUCAAUACUCCCCCGUGUCUCCACGCCGACACGCUAGGGUUCAACGGGACCGUACUGGAGUCUGGAGGGAUCACGAUCCAGUCCACGAUCAACCUCUCGACCUUUGGAUCGGCUCGCGAAGGUCGCUCUCCACAGAGGAAUCAGGAGCUCUAUCUCGCAAUGCCAAAUAUACCGAGCGAGAUUUUCAGCUUGAAGGUUUCUUGAAGGACACUGUCUCGUCAAAGCGAAUGUACCCCUUUUCAGGCUGGCAGAGGCGGUUACCGAAUAUCGCCGGCGCGGAAUUCGCGGCCGACAAAGUCGAUUACGGCUACGAGAUGCCGGAAACGCUUUCGCGCGAAGCAGAGGUAUCCCCUUCAGACCUUUUAGACGACCCCUUUGUGGCAGACGACACGUUUCAGGAUCAAGGCCCAGGAUCGAUGGAAAUAUACAAACUAGAUCUAUCCAAAGAGAAGACUCUACUGACCGCAACCACGCCCUCCAUAAAUUUACUGUUGAGAAAUAAGAGCAAAGCUCCGAAAAAGACGGGUCAUUUGAAUUCAAAGACAAAGACAACAGAAAUUAAGUCAAUAACAAGUGCGAACGUUAAUCACAAGCAAUCAAAUUUUUUCGAAGAACAACGAACCGAGACUCCUUUCAUCAACAAAGACGCCUUCGAUGUUGGUGGUGUGCCGGAGCUACAGGUUGGAUGCGAAGGUCUCGAAGCGUCGUUGUUGUCCCACAAGACGAAAAGAUCGAUAGAUGCGCCUGACAAGGAGAAGGGCGAGGUACCAGCUCCGUCCGUGUUGCUAAACGUGUCGCCGGUAUCCUUGGAUCUCGACGACGUUCUGUCAUACGAUGAAGAAGAAUAUGAGGAAAUGGACGAGCUUCUCAAACUCAAAAGACUGGAAACUACCACGAAAAGAAACAAGCCAAAUAGGGGAGAUAUGGAUGCCAGCCAUCUUAAUUCUGACCAUCUGGAUGAAUUUAGGCGACCAGAGAAGUUACCAGAACGAGGAGAUUUGGGUGGAUCCAUUCCAAUAAAUUCUAGUGAAUUAAUAACUAGUCAGAAGACCAAGCGAUCUCUGGCAGAUCUCGAAAUUAAGAAUUACGAGGAAGCCAAAUCAAAGCGAGAAACCAUUUUAUUGGACGGUGAUAACGGCGCCAGCAGGAGUCAUGGUCGGCAGUUGCUGUGGCUUGCCAAAGCAAAUACUGAGGGAUUUGCGGACGGUAGAAGCGAACGGAAGCGAACGAGACGGUCGAUCGAUUGGGGCUUCGGUGAGGAUGAAGGUGUCGUGUCCAGCGACGAGUUGCAGACCGUGAAUGAACGUCGCAGGCAGCACGAGAUGCAAUACCAUCAAGACACAUCUAGAAGACGUGACCAGCAUCAUGGAUUAAAUACUAACAUCGAUAAUGUUAGACAAGAGUACGAGAAAUUACUUGAACAAAAACGAAGAGAAGAAGAGUAUUUGCGACGAAUGCAACAGGCUAAUCAAAGACUGCCGAAUAGACGGGAGGAGUAUCGUAAGAGGAUGGACAUUACAACACAUCGUAUAGAUAACGAAGAUAUGCGACGGCAAAUGGAAGAAAGACGAAAGCAAGAAGCAGCGCAAAUGCAGGAGACAGACAGAAGAAACGAGCAAGAGCUAAGAAGACGAGAGGAAGAAGAACGAAGAUUACAAGAAGAAGAAAUUAAAAGAAAACUACAGAGCAAAUGGCAAGAGGAAAAUUUUAAAAAAUCGGGCUUUAAAACUUUCAUAAAAGAUGAUGAAAGGAAACGAAGACUUUACGAUGAAGAAAUGAAGAGACGAGAGGAAGAACAGCGAAGACAAUUGGAAGAAGAACAAGCAAGGAGACAGGAGCAAUACAGAUCGCAGCAAGAAGCUCAAAGAAAAAGGGAAGAAGAGGCAAGAAGGCGUCAAGAUUCAAUGAGAAAUCUUUCCGAAAAUGAUAGAAGAAGAUUAGAAGACCGUCGCAGAGAAUGGCUAGAGAAGAAGAGGCAAGGGGAUGAAGAUGAGAGAAGGCGACAGCAACCAUCGAAUUUAAUGCACGCGGAACAUUCAGUCAGUCAUCCGAACGAUAUCAGACAGCGCGAUCAAGAUGAGAUAAGACGACAGCAAGAAGAAAAACAGCGAGAACAGAAAUUGCGAGAAUAUAUUACACGAAAUCGACCUAUCAGUGCCAAUCAUGCCGAUCAAAGAUCGGAAGAAGAGAAACGACGCUAUAGACCCGAAGAACACCAAGAUCCGCGGAUGAAUGUGAGUAGAAAUGACGAAGAGUACCAUCGACGACUGGAGGAGCAGCGUAAAAGACAAGAAGAAGAGAGAAAACUACAGGAUUACAUCAGGAGAAACCAACCAGUGAAUGUGCCAUCGAGAGAUAAUCAAUCGACCACAGCCGAUCGUAACUGGUUCGAGGAGCGAAGACUGAUCGAGGAAGUCAGGCGUCGCGACAGAUAUCCCGAUCCAGGAGUGAGGAGAGACCAUGGACCGUCGGCGCCUACGUAUAUCGAUCCGCGAAGCUCACCAGAGGAAGUCAGACGGAGGCAACAAGAGACGGCGAGAAGGUUAGAGGAGGAUAGGCGGCAGAGGUACGAGGCGGAAGAGCGACGGAAGGAACUCGCCAGGCGACAGUGGGAGGAGGAAGAAGAGAGACGGUUACGGCAGCAACGGAUGCGAGAGGAGGCGGCCAGGCGAGAAGAGGAAACGAGGAGAGAGCAAUCUAGGAGGUACGAGGAGAACAGGAAGCAGCUGGAGGUAGCGAGGAUACAGGCCGAGAGAAGAAGGCAGGAGAUGUUGAAGCAACGAUCCAGGAACGAAAUUGGUAGGACGAAACAACCAGAAACUAGGCCGAUCUACCACCAGGAUCCUCGUCUUUUGGCAGAGCACAGAAGACGACAGGAUAGCCGGCCCAUUCCGAGUAAUUUGAUGCGAGUCGAAGAAGCCAGGCGAGCGGCGGCAGAGCGCGAAAGGCAAAGAUUGGAAGCCGAGAGACGACAACAGGAAGAGAGCAGAAUGAGAGAGCACAGACAGAAGGAGACCGAUCAGUGGAGACGACAAGAACUAGCCAGACUAAACUCUCUGCCGGUGAGCGCAAGGAUAAUAGUCCGUCCUGGUGGCUCCUCGCCGACGUCGCCCGUCUCGCCACCAGUGAUAUCGAGGGGCGGCUUCAACAACGAGAUCGAUUUUACAGGAAUCAACCCGCAUCGCGAAGGUGUACGAGUGGCACAAUUUCCUGUCCCUCCAACACCGAGACCACCUGCCCAGAGUCCUGCCCCAUGUGUUUGGGCAGUUGUUCACUGUUGUUCAUCCAAUAACAAUCGUCUCGUAAAGUGUUUCGAAUCGUUGGGCUGCCCCGGGAUUAAUUGGGAUCCUAACCCGUGUAGAGGGCCUGUUGCGGACGCUGCCAGAGCAGAAGUCCUGAAGUUCUAUGCUAACUCGUAAAACUAAUAACAUCAAUAAGAUUCAGCCUUUACUUUUCGAGAGACGAAUAUCAACUAGACAAGAAAAAAGAGGGAAAGACUUUUCAACACUGACGGAAAUCUCUCUCUCUCUCUCUCUCUCUCUCUCACACACACACACACACACGCGCGCGCGCGCGCGAAAAGUUUCAAGUUACUGUACUUCAAAUCAAUUUGUGCAUAUGUGACUUCUGCUGGAUCUGUAUAAAUAUUUGUGUCGCUCAUCGGAUAAAAGAGCUCAGUAAGUUGACUUAAAUAUUUGCAGAACGGAAGACUUUGAUAUACAUUUUUACUUGACACAAUAUUAGUAAUUUUAAUAACUCAAAAUUAAGCAA